AUGAAUGGGCAUGCUGCCGUGAAGGAAGCGAUUCCCAAGGUAAAACGAGAGGAGUUCCCAUACUUCAGCGAGGAUCAUUUCGAGAGAGCCCAGGAUGCCUACCUCAACGCUCUGGACUACAUGGCGGAUUGCUUAGAGGAGCUCGAGCCGACAGUGAGUCCAAACCAUUCGAAUACCUUUUACGUCGACCGACGUCAGAAUGCGCCCGCGGAUGCACCCGCGACUGCGUCCGCGUUUUCGUUGCAGCAUCUCCCUCUCAUUCAAUUACCGCCGUUCGAUGGUAAACCCGAUGAGUGGGCACAGUUCCGCGAUCGAUUUACUACGCUGAUUCGCGACAAUAAAGAUCUGAAUGAUUUCGCUCGCAUGCACUUCCUGUCCUCGUGCUUGAAAGGCCGCGCCGCAGAAUGUAUUGCUAAUCUUCCUGUUACCGCGGAGAACUUCGAGAUCGCGUGGGCCGCGUUGACUUCGCGCUACGAGAACAAGCGGCGCUCGCUUAAUAUCCAUCUCUCCGCUCUGCUCGGUCUCUGUAGCGUACCGCGCGAAUCGGCUUCCAAGUUGCAGCUCUUAUAUAAUAAGGUUAUGGCCGCUCUAACGUCCUUCUCGAAUUUGGAUCGCAAUGCCGAAAACCUUUGGAACGAUAUGCUCGUUUACCUUAUCACGCAGAAACUCGAUUCGAUCACGCGUAAAGCUUGGAAUUUACAGGAAAGCAGUCGCGACGAUCCGCUUCCGUUCGACGCUCUUAAACGCUUUCUUGAACAUCGCAUUCGCGCAUUGGAAAACAACGCAAUCGUCGCCCCCGUGAAACCUGGUUCAAAAACCGCUACCUCAAAUCGCGUUCACGCUGCCACCGCGUCAGCGAACGUGCCUCCAAAGUGCCCGCUAUGCGACACGCCCCAUUUUCUUAAUUCCUGCGUUAAAUUUAAGGAAAAGAAUCCGAAUCAACGUCGAGAAAUGGUGAAACAACAAAAACGUUGUUUUAAUUGUUUGAGCGAAAAGCAUACAGUUCUAUCUUGCAAAAGUAAAUUCUCAUGUCGAGUUUGCAAGAAACGGCAUCAUUCGCUUCUCCAUCUCGAUUCGGAUUCUUCUUCCACCGGAUUCUUUUUCCGACCCGGAUCCGACAAGUUUCGAUCCCAUCAGUAUUAUCAUUGGGGCCGAUCUAUACAGUACUUUACUUCUUGGCGGCGUCCGCAAAGGAGACGUCGGCCAGCCGAUUGCCCAAAACUUCGUUCUUGGAUGGAUUAUUUCCGGACCUAUUGA